AUAAUAUUUAAUUGCUAAUAUUCAGUUUUUGUGAACUUAAGGUGACUAUGUGAAAAAGUGCUUUUUGGCGGAUCUGCAAAAAUAUACAACUUAAUUCGGGAUCGGAAUUGCAGUUUCUUUUUCGUUUGAAGAAAGAAAGUGAGAAGACAUGUGAGGAAAACAUUUUGGACUCUAAUUUAGAGGAUAGGAGGAGCAGACGAUAUGUAUUUGUUACAGACUGUGUCUGCGGGUUCCCGCACCCGUCCAGACGACCUGGAACCCUGGCACCGGAGUGUGAACCGCCUAAAUGGUCACAACGCCAUCCCUCAAUACCACACCACCAACGAGCAGGACUCGAAAUCCCAGAAGAAAGACAAACCCAAAUGGUCCCUUGGUGGAUUUUUCAGACGCCGCAAAAAGGACGACUCCGACAGCAGUUCCGACGACGAGGACAAAAAGGGUUUCCUGUCCAGGAAGAGCAGAAGUAAACGCCAGACGAAUCCAACCAGACUGGCUACAGGGUUUGAUCAUGUCGUAGUACCUCAAAUCCAGUCUGAUCAUAGUGGUGGUUCGUUCCUGGAUGCUAGAGGUUCUAGUAAAGAAAGUUUGGUUAGUGGUACAGGGUCGUUGGAGCGUCACAAAAGGCGCAAGGAACGUGUCAAGGCUCGUGCUGAAGCCUUAAGGGAUAGAUUGAAACACGAGUCGAGUAGUGAUGAAGACGAAACGUCUCCUGGUAGUUCAUCCAUAUCACGUUUUCGCAGUGAUGAUAGUCUACAUGGUUCUUUACCGAGACGUGGUCGCAGAUUCAGGAAACUACCAAAGGACGAUGAGGUUCCCGGUUUGCGGAAUAGUUAUAGUUCAGGUGCUAUAGUGUCUAAAAUCCGUGACGAUGGUGUGAUGCAUGUGCAACUCCCUUUAGGCGUGCAUAGUAAAAUCACUAAAGGGCCACCGGCCCCCCCACCAAGGGAUCAUACUAGAAAGUACUUUAAUGCCAAUCACGAUGCGUCCAGGCCUUUAUCAUACGCAUUUGAAACUCAAGACAAUAGAAAUGCACACAGGAGAUCUCAAUCUAGUUCCAGGUUAGCACCAGUUCCAUCUGAACGUUGCAAUUCUGAAGACCACAUAGCCUUGAACGAGCAGUAUAGACCAAACUACAUGCCUGACAGGCCUUCAUCAGUGACCACAGAAGUUAUCAGACCACAGGUUAAAAGGUUUAUCACCAGGCAUCCUUCGGAAAACGAUGUGGUGGAUUCGUCGACAAUUGGUCGGUACAAAUACUUUGCUGAUCAGACGCCUAGAAGUCGCAAACCAAUUUUAGCGACACCUUUUGUCGAUAACUACGACUCGGUUGCUAAGAUGUAUCGACCGCCACCUUUGAACAAGGAGUGCAAGUCUGUGCGGAGUGCUUCGGAUUUUUGGAGGAUGAAGGAUCAAGAAGAAACUGCAAGGAGAAUGAAAAAAGAUUUUGAGAAUAAUAAAAUUAAAUACAUGGUACGUGAUGUACCUUUAAAACCUGAUCCCCCAGUUUACAAGUGUACAGUAGAAGUUAAAAAACGUGAACCUCCAGUGCCUCCUCAACGUAAAUACACGCCCAACAGGACAAGUUCAGGUUCCAGCAAUGGUGAUUGGAAUGAUGUUUGCCCAAGGCCAAAAUCAGCGAAUUUAGAAGACGCUCUGAGUGAACUCGAAGCAAUAUACAAAAGUUUGAAACUAAGCGAUGAGGAUUUACUGGAUCGUGCAGAACGUUUAGACGUCACCACACAAGUCGACAAAAAACCUGUACUCCGACGUAGAUCCACAAUACCUGAUAAAAUCACCGACGACAUGGCCUACAGAAGGCUACACCCUAAAGACAGACAACUCACACAAGAGUGUGUAUCACCACAAAUUAGUUACUUAUCAUCAUCACCUUUGGCUUCGAGGACUUUUGAAUACAACACUCCGACGCAAAAUGGUAACGAACCUGAUGUCACUUUAGAUGAUGUUGUUUAUCGUAAUGUGCGACACGCAAAUCAUUCUUUAAAGGUAAAAGAACCACAACCACCUUUUGGAAUACCUUUAGGACCUGUUGUACCAGGUGCCAAUAGCGAUUAUUUACACGCAGCUCCUAAAAAUACAUUCAGAUUAAGAUUCAUGCCAAGAAAGUCUCCGGAUGUAGUCAUCGACGACUUGGCUUACAGAAACUUGCGGAAAGACGUUAACAAAAACUCAGCCUUACCACCUAUUAAACCUAUAAAUGACGACAUGCACUACACCUUAAACAACAAUUCCUCUUUGAACAAUAACAUCAGAAAACAGGAUGAGUUGGCGACAGCCAAGAAAAAGCGUGCAGUUCGCUCAAUGUCUGCAAACGUGUACAGUCUUUUGCACCAACAUAUGCAAAGUUUGAUAGACGAUGAUGAACAGGAUUUUGGUAAAGUCCAAAGUUUGUCUGAUGUUAACUAUUUUAAUAGAGCACAAUCCAGGACGUUGCCUGUAGGCGCCAAACUUCAGGACAGGAACCUCAGUAAAUCCCCAACGAGUACUGAGACUUUGAUCAGUAGCCAAAAUGAUAUCAACACUCGGAAAGUUGAGGAUGAAUAUUUAACAACUUUGGCACAAAAAGCUAAGGAAGCUACUGCUAAAAUUGACCAGGAACUGAAAGAACUUAGAAAAGACUCUGUGCCUGAAACCAACAAAAUGCAAAAGUCUCCUACGGUGAGUGAAAUUUUACGGGAAUUAGAACUUGUAUCAGAGCAAGCACAAAAGUGCGAAAAUAAUUUAAGAACAUCUAUUGACAAUCAAUCUGAGCCAAGGACUUACACUCUAGUACCUUCUGUAGAUAGUGGACAUACAACCGAAGACUCUGAUGUAGAACAACAAGUAGAUGUGGUUGAUAACUCAGAAAAUUUAGUGUACACCAGUGUUGCAUCUUUGUUGGAUCAAACUUCUAAACAAGAUGAAUCAAAAUUCAAAGACUUAUCAGAUAAAUGUCAGAUGCAACUGGGGAAUUUGCAACAGGAUUAUGAUAACGUUCCAAGUACUGUUUUGGAGUUAGGUCAAAUAGUUACAGAAAAUGAUGAAAGUCCUAAGUACACUGCAGCUAUUGGCAGUGAAAUGAAACGUAAGAAGUCUUUAAUGAAGACUGAAGGUGCUGAAAAGUGUGCAGACGUGCAGAGACGUUUAGAAGACAUCAACGCAAACGAGACUAAAAUCAAUGAGAUCACUAACUCGAUCCAGAAUAACAUUUUGAGUAUAAGUGAGAUUUUAAAAAGUUGCCAAGACGAUGUUAAAGUCGAACCUCCGAAAUCCAGUGACGACGACGACACUCCUGAUUACGCAAAUAUACCACCAAAAACCAACAAUCUACAAAUAGAAACCGAUGAAGAAGAGACAUCCGAAUACAAUUCUGCUGAAGAACUGGCCAUGAUCUUCGGUAAAGACGGAUCCAAAUCCAAAUCAUCGACACCACCUGGCAAAUCGCCAGUCGGAUGCACCAAGAAUUCAACGCCAAAGAGUUUCAAGAAAUCUGAUUCGAGUUCUUCAGAUACCAAGAGCAAAAAGCUGUGAUCGAAGAUGGAAUACAAAAACUGUUGGAUGUCUGAGGAAAAGGAAACUGGUA